GUAGAAUCUGGAGCAAUGACAGAUCACCAAUCAAGGCCGAAGCCAAUUAAUAUGUCCAGGUGCUCCAUUGUUAUCGUGCAUUUUGACAGAAUAAUUGGCCGAUUAGUCAAUCAAAACUGGCCUGUUAUGACGAGUAUAAAACUCCACUGCUCUUCGGAACAUCCGAAGCGAGUAGCGGCAAGUUGGCGAAUUUAAUCAUCAAGCGGGUUUAGUAUCUCCACAGCAGCGACAUGUUGGAUUAACUCCGUUGGCGUGAUCUUCCAUGGAUCGUCGAAUGGGGUGUGUUGAUAGAGCGGCCACUAUUGGCGUUUGUUCUGUGAUUUUGCUUGUGUUCCUGUUAGGCACGUCCCGGCCGGUCGAAGGGCUACGUUGCCGCACAGGCGAAGGUCCCAGUACGGAGGAUGUGAAGCGAAUCGUACGAACGUGCCUGAACAAGGUAACGAACAGUGGUUCGGAAAAUCGAACAAGUGACGAGUAUCCGGACUAUGAUUCAUCAACAUCAGACGAAACGAAUGAGGAAAAAGACAGCAAUGAUGGUAGGCAGGGUGCGAACAACAAGCAAGGAACGAAACCGUCUUACUAUGACCGUCGUUACGAUGGAACUGAGCGAGGAAAUGGACGUAUGAAUGGACGACCGGAGGAAAGCGGUAGACGCCAGCAGAUGGAUCGAAGAGACCAACGUAAUGGGGAGGAUCGAAAUGGACGUACGAAAAUGUCCGAUCGCGGACGGGAUCGGAAUGAGGAGGAGCAACAGAUGAUGCGCGACUACGGAAGAAGCUAUCGACGACGCAAACGACAGUAUUACGGAGGUCAAGGUACGUCUUCCGGUUCGGGCGGUGAGUAUACGAGCUACGGACGCCCUCCUCCACAGUUUGGCGAAACGGUCACUGGCAAUGGAUCGCGCGGUGGGAACUCUUCGUCGAUCGAACGCGAUCGGGCCUGUCUGAUGCAGUGUUUCUUCGAAGAGCUGAAAGCCACCAACGCGGAUGGGUUUCCCGAGAAGCACAAGGUACUGCACGUCAUCACGAAGGACAUCCGCGAGCAUGAGUUGCGUGAGUUUUACAUCGACUCUAUACAGGAGUGUUUCCACGUGCUGGCGCUGGACAAUCGGCUGAAAGAUAAGUGUGAUUACUCGAUGCGUUUUGUGACGUGUUUGAGCGAUCGGUUCGAGUCGAACUGUGACGAUUGGGAUACGGUGACGUCUGCCAUGUUUUAGUCGAGUUUUCAACAGACGAUGUAAUAGCACCAGAUGCACUUUCUUGUAGUUGCUCCGUUAGAUGUAGUAAACCGCUUAAUUACGCAAAGCUUAACCAGA